UUCAGCCACUGCAGCAGUGACUAGGAACUUGUACCUCGGAUAAUUCAGGCAUAGAUAAACAUUUGAAAAAGGAUGCUCCUCCAUCUGUAAUUACAGGAAUAUCCACAAUGAUCCCUUCAGCUGCAGCAACCCCUCCCAGUGAUGUGCUUUUCCCCAGCCUGUCUUGUCAGGAAUUCUGGAGGUCACAGUUCUCAGGCUAUUCCGGAUCUGUCACUCGCCACAUCAGUCAUCGUGCCAACAACUUUAAAAGACACCCAAAGAGGAGAAAACACAUCCGCCCCUCCCCUCCACCACCACCAAAUACACCAUGUCCUAUUGAUCUGAUUGACUUUGGGGAUCUCCACCCUCAGAGAUCUUUCCUAGAACUGCUGUUUAAUGGGUGCAUUCUCUUUGGGAUCGAGUUCAGCUAUGCCAUGGAAACAGCCUAUGUGACUCCUGUAUUGCUUCAGAUGGGGCUGCCAGAUCAGUUGUAUGGAAUGGUGUGGUUUAUCAGCCCAAUACUAGGUUUCCUACUGCAGCCUUUGCUGGGGGCCUGGAGUGACAGAUGCACCUCAAGUUUUGGCAGGAGGCGGCCUUUCAUUCUGGUCCUGGCAAUAGGAGCAUUAUUGGGGCUCUCACUUAUGCUGAAUGGAAGGGACAUUGGCAGCGCCUUGGCUGACACUGUGAAUAACCAUAAAUGGGGGAUCAUUCUCACAAUCUGUGGGGUUGUCCUAAUGGACUUCAGUGCAGAUUCGGCAGACAAUCCCAGUCAUGCCUACAUGAUGGAUGUGUGUAGCCCAGUGGAUCAAGACAGGGGGCUUAACAUCCAUGCUUUGUUAGCAGGUCUUGGAGGUGGCUUUGGUUAUGUUGUUGGAGGAAUAAAUUGGGAUAAAACCAGUUUUGGAAGAGCUGUGGGAGGGCAGCUCCGUGUCAUCUAUGUCUUCACAGCAAUAAUAUUGACUAUCACUACUGUCUUGACUCUAAUUAGCAUUCCAGAAAGACCACUGCAGUCUUUUAGCAAGAAGAAAAAAGUGAUGAAGAGUCCAAGUCUUCCUCUUCCUCCUUCUCCACCUCUUUUGUUUGAGGAAGGUGUAAAUGAAAAUCUCAGUUUUACAAGUCCAAUUUCCCCUCUCAGCCCACUCACACCUAAAUAUGGCAGUUUUAACAGCAGAGACAACUCCUUGACAGGAAUUAAUGAAUUUGCAUCAUCAUUUGGGACCUCAAAUAUUGACAAUGUACUCAUAGACUGCUUCACAGGAGGGUAUGAAGGCUAUUUAGCAAUCCCAGCUAGCUUGCCCAGACAGGCAAUCAGUGUCAGUUUUCCCAGGGUGGCAGAGGGUUUUUACUGUCAAGAAAAUGGAAUCCUGGACCAAGGGGAGAAUUCUGUAAAUCCAGGGCCAGAUGGAGAUGUACUAAGGGUAGGUUCACUGGAUGCAAUAAAGCCACGAUCAAUAGGGAUUCUAAAAAGGCCUCAGACCUUGGCCAUUCCAGAUGUUGUCACAGGAUAUUGUCCAGAAAGUAGCAGGAGAAGAAAUGUAACCUUCAGCCAACAGGUUGCUAAUAUUUUGCUGAAUGGUGUGAAGUAUGAGAGUGCGUUGAACGGACCAGGUGAGAUGUCUGAGCAAUCACUUUCCAUGAAACUUCUUUGUUCAACCAUCUGCCACAUGCCCAAGACUCUGCGUAAUCUCUGCAUCAACCACUUCCUAGGUUGGCUCUCGUUUGAGGGAAUGUUGCUGUUCUACACAGACUUCAUGGGAGAAGUGGUGUUUCAAGGCAAUCCUAAAGCCCCUCACAACUCUGAUGACUAUCAAAAAUACAAUGCUGGGGUCACCAUGGGCUGUUGGGGAAUGUGUAUCUAUGCAUUCAGUGCUGCAUUCUAUUCAGCCGCACUAGAAAAGCUGGAAGAAUACUUCAGUAUUCGCACCCUGUAUUUCAUAGCAUACCUUGCUUUUGGACUUGGUACAGGCCUGGCUACACUCUCCAGAAAUAUCUAUGUGGUUUUAUCUCUAUGCAUAACUUACGGUAUUCUGUUUUCAACACUCUGCACACUCCCUUAUUCUCUGUUGUGUGAUUACUAUCAGAGUAAAAAGUUCGCAGGAUCGACUCUGGAUGGUACCAAGAGGGGAAUGGGCAUGGAUAUCUCUCUUCUGAGCUGCCAGUAUUUCCUAGCUCAGCUGCUUGUUUCGAUAGUGAUGGGACCCAUAACUGCAGUGGUGGGCAGCGCUAAUGGGGUGAUGUAUUUUGCCAGCCUCACGUCUUUCAUUGGCUGUUUGUUUUCCUCCCUGUGUGUCACGUAUGAGAUCCCCGCCGCCGAGGCGGUGGCCGAGGAGCAGCAGCCCUUGGUGCUGAGCGCGUGAGGGCGGGAUCCGCCGGUGGAGGGGCCGGGCCGGGCCAGACCCGUUGCUCGCUACAAUAAAAGGAACUCAGACAAGCGGCCCUCCUGAUUGCUCCAGGCAGCAGGUGCCGCGUGCCCCGCGGGAGGCUGCCUCGGUCCCCAGGGCACUGCCCUCGGCUGCAGGGCAGGAGCAGUGGGGCGCGGCUGUCACGACGGAUUAGCGCCUCCUAUUGGGCCACCGCCGGGUUACUCGCUGGUAGCCAAUGGACUGCGAGAGUGUUGUGACAUCACCUCUGAUUGGCUCUGAGAUUGCAUGCCCUCCCUCAAAGGGGGCGGGGUGCCGGACUUGACUAACUGUAGUGCUCCGUCUAUCCACUCCGCCCCCCCAUUGUGCUGGUCGGUAGCAGCUGCCCCCGCCCCCAGAGGCCAUAUCCGGGCUUCUCUCGCAGCGCUCCGCAGGCACUGGUGUCGAGUGAGUCUGCGGGAGCCUGGAGAGCGGGGCUGAGCCGCUGGGUCCCUCCGCCUGCCAGGGGCAUGGGGCACCCUGGGCCGUGGGGUGGGGGUGGGUCUUAAGAAUUCAUGCAAAGUCAUGAACAAAGGCUUGGUGGUGCGCCUGGUAUAUGGAGGAUCGCAACAGAAAACCUGUUGUCUUUUAAAAUAACCAAAUAAUUUGCGUUGAAAAACAUGUUGAGUUACCUAGAAGUUUUUCAACUGGUUUGUGACAUGCUCCAACCAAUCCAGUGUUUGAUUCUCUUACUGUUCAAACCAACAAGCUUUUCAUUACGGCUGGUGGGGAGUGGGGCUAGCAGCCCACCUGCUCUAAAUACUUGCUGUCCCCUGCUCGUUUGUUCUUUGCAGCCACUAUACAACAGUAGGGUUUGUGGCACAGCCACCAAAGGCAAGCCAGAGAGCUACAUGUCCUCCGUGAUCAUUUUUCAUGAGCAGAUGUGCUGAAGAAAAGAGCACAUACCUGUCAUAAUAGAUUUCAAUGUGCAUAGAAGUCUAGCCAAAUAUUCCAAAGGCUUCAGGGAAAAGUAACCUGCUCUUAGACAGCAACAGUAGAUUAUUUUUUAUGAUGGAAUCAAAGUCUGUACUCUGCCAUGACAUAGCUGUAAGACCAUCUCAAUGUAUUUACAUUAUUUAAGCCAGUUUUGCUCUACCACCAUUAAGGGUCUUCAGUAAAGAAGGCUACGCAUUCUGCACUAGCUGUGAUUGAGGGAUGCAGAAACUAGGGGUUUGUUAGUGCAACAUGGUGUAUGUGCAACACUUAACAAGCCCUGCCUGCCCUUACCGAUGUGUACCAUGGUAUUCUCUAUCGGCACCUGAAAGAGGCAAAAGACCAUCAAUAAAUCCCCUGCUACUCCCAGCAACAGAGCAAGGGGCCACCCCAUUGCAACAAGUCCCUGAAAUACUGCAUGGAAUACACCCUGGAGGAGGCUGGGAUCUUGUGAACAGAGCCUCUUGAGCUGGUGGAGACACCGUACAGCAGUCCCAGGCAGAGAGAAAGUUGGGCCUUGUCCAUGUGAUACUCCCCUCCCUGGGGUAAAGACCUUGCCCUGGCUCCAGGCCUCCCUCCCUGCCCUCAGGAGAAGGUAGUUUAUCAAGGCCAUAUGUCCAUAACUCUAGCUUUAAAACUCAAGAGCACAUGGAAGGUGGAGCCCUGACUCAGUUGACAGAGAUGAGAAUCUGAGAGUUGUAGUUUGAAAACCCCAAGGGAAUCAUGGGAGCUUAGUUGCAAGACCUGCCUCACCUCUUCCACACACCCCCCCGCCCCAAAUCAGAAGAGAUGUAGAUUCUUACCCUCUCAUGAGCUUCUGCACACCUCCCCCAUCCCUAUUGUCUAAGGGGAUCCUAGGAAUUGAAGUUUACAAGCAUAUUCUCCCCACCCCCAAAACCAAAACACUUCCCAGGGGAUCGGGAGCUAUGGUCUGGGAUUUAGGUAACGUUCAACCUCCUAGAACCACAGGUGAGAUCACCUGUGUAAAUUAUUUCAGGUCACUGUUCCCGAUGGAAUGCUGUUAGCAUAUUGGGGCAAGUAGCUUCCAGUAACUGUUUCUGGUCAGACACUAUUACAGUGAGUACCAGGACAAAUAACUUUCUGUUAGUGGUUCUAGUUCAGGGGUCAGCGGCAACCUUUCAGAAGUGAUGUGAUGAGUCUUCAUUUAUUCACUCUAAUUUAAGGUUUCACGUGCCAGUAAAACAUUUAAACAUUUUUAGAAGGUCUCUUUCUAUAAGUCUAUAAUAUAUAACUAAACUAUUGCUAUAUGUAAAGUAAAUAAGGCUUUAAAAUGUUUAAGAAGCUUCAUUGAAAAUUAAAAUGCAGAGCCCCCUGGACCAGUGGCCAGGACCCAGGCAGUGUGAGUGCCACUGAAAAUCAGCUCAAGUGCUGCCUUUGGCACACGUGCCAUAGGUUGUCUACCCCUGUUCUAGUUGAAUACCAUUAGAGCUUUUACUAGGGUAACAACUUCUGCUUGCUGUUUCCCAAUCCUUAGGCCAGUAGGAAAGGAAGUGGGGAUUGCAGUGACAGACUGUGCCCUGAGUGGGUGGUGCUAUUAUAAGGCAAAGAUUGUAGGAGGAGGUGGUGCCCGCACUGGCACUGGGAGCCACUGAUUUCACAGUGAGAGGGUGAAGACAAAAGAUUAAUAUGGUGCUGCCUGCCAUGCUCUGACAGGCCCUGUUGCAUCAUGGACAUUGUAGUCCCAUCCUGGGUGUUCCGGUCCCCACCCUGUUGUGCCUUGUGACUUGUCGGGUGAUCUCCAGUGGGGGUAUUGGGUUAUUUUGGGUUUUGCAGAUUCCAGCCCAGAGUCGCUCCCUAGAGUGUUGCCUUAACCCCGCCCUCAGCUGCAGCCUGCCUCUCCUCCCCCCAGGAAUCCAUGUGAACAUCUGGCUUUAACACUAGUCCUGGGCCUGGAAACAUCCAGUGACUGCAUGUGUUUGCAGGAGCAGGGCCAAACUCUUUAUGGGCCCAGGUGUAAAGGUCAGGUUUCUUCCUUUAUACAUCAAGGUUCUUUGAAUUGCUGAACAGAAAGUCUGCAGCAUAAACACAUUUUCCAGUAAAUGUUAGUUAAUAUAUGAUGCUACUAAGUGCACCAAGACAAGUAGCCUUAAAAGGUGUUUGUGAGAAACUGGGGGUCACGUGUUAGCAUAAUCAGAGUAGCUUGAUUAGCUCCUAGGCAGGUCUUUCCAUUCACAGAUUCAAAGGAAGGAGUGUGUCUUCAGGUAGUGACUCUGUGGGUGCUCUGGGGCCCACACACCAAUGGAAAAAAAUUGUGAGUGCUCAGCACUCACCAGCCACAGCUGUUCGGCGGCUGGGGGAAACGCUUGGGGGAGGAUGGAGAGCAGCAAGUGGCAGGCAGCACGGGCCUCAGGGGAGGGGUUGGGGCAGGAAGAGGGAGUGAGAGUGUGGCCUUGGGAGCCAGGGCCAGGAAGGCCAGAGGGAGGGCCUUGGGGAGGAGCGGGGGUGAAGCACCCCCAGGGAAAAAUAAAGCUUAGCGCCUAAGAUAGGUGAGGAAAACAAGCAGAGGAUUUUUUCUGACAGCCACUUGCUAGUAGUUGGUGUGUGUGACGGAGACUUUAUGGAGUGCACAGCAAUAUCAUUGCCUUACUGGCUUUGAUUUUUUAUUUCAAUAAUUUUUAUCCCUAUGGUAUGGCUUAUAAAUGCUACAUAACAUCAAAUCACUUAUUUUGUAGUAAAUAUAUAUAAAGCAGCCAAAAAAAUUCUCAUGAAUCAGGAUAAUAAUGUGGAAACUAAUACUUGACAUUAAAGUGAAGAGAUUUGGUUUUAUUAGUAAAUAUUCACGCCACCCAAGAAUAAAAACUUUCACAGAAGUUUCAAAUUAUUAAUAAAAUGCUUAUAAAAUACCUUUCAAACUAAACUUGUUUUCAAGCAAUAGCCAAAGGUCUCUGUUUAUGCAUUUCAGACAAUUAUUACCCUAUAUUUAACUGAUGCCUAAUGUGAGGCUUUAAAAUGUCUCUUUGAAUUAAAAUGUAGUCUCCCAUGCUCCAGGCAGGAUCUAGCUGCUCUGAGAGACGAUCUGUGUGCCUCCAUGUCACACACACAGACCCCGGUCUCCCAUGGCCUGAGCAAGAUCUAUCUGCUGAUAUCCAUGAUCCCGGCCAUACUGGAAAGGAUUCAUAUGGCCUGCCAGGCUCAGGAGCCAUUCCUCACACCCUCCAUCUUCGUAGAGAGUUUGGGGAGACUUUAUUGCUGUAAAUGGGUCACAGUGUGAGUGGCCAGUCGCUUGUCUAUGGGGCCGUGAGGUCUGGGACCAACAAGGGUGGACUGGUCAUAACUUUGGGCUGAAAAGAAGUAGGGCUGGGACUAGAGAUUUCUAGACCUGCACUAUCACCCCACAGGUCCCUUACUGCAGCACCCAAAAUCCUCGCUCAGGGUCCAGGUCUCAUUGUACUCGGCAUUGCACGGACGAUCAGAGAGACAGAGGGAUGUAUAUGGAGCUAGAUGAGCGUGUAAGGCAUGCAGAUGGGUGGAGGGGUGUAUAUGGCAUAUAGUGGGAUAUAUGGAGGGCUGAAGGGUAGGAGAGACGGCUGAAGGGAUGGAUGAUGAUGUCACAGUCCGGCAGUUUGGUGUGUUCAGCUCAUGGCUGCUGGCCCUGUCACCUCCGGGCCCCCAUUUCCUGCACCAUCUCUGACUCUCACUCUAACUCUUGCAGCCCACACCCAGCAGAGCCUGGCUCUGCAAGAGUACACUGGUGCUACUUCCAGUGCAUACACUCAUUGCACAAACUACCUGCCCUCAUCCAACCUCCAGCUGGAGCCACAGCCUAAGGCCCAGCUGAGCCUGGCAGCCAGCAACCCAAACAUGUAGAGACCCUGGUGACUGAGGAAUGGGAGUGUGCCUCAUCUUCUCUGUAGCACCAUGGCACUGUUGCACCAUAGUGACUACCUGCAGAGCACAAAACUGACUCAGUGGGGUGGGCAAAGCUGGGAUGGGGAUGUAGCAUUACAAGCUGCACGACGUACCAGUUUCCUACCGCUAGCAGUUACUGACACCUAGUUUUAUUUUGUUUUGUUUUACUGUCCUGUCACCAUCUGCUACACCCACAAUUUCCCAUUCCUGGGUCUAGGGGUAGGGAUUUGUGGCAGAUGGAUUGAACCUUUCACAAUUUCUACUUUUGUGAAAUCUCUAUUUUAAAUGGGACACUCAUAAAAUUAGAUUUUUCUAAUACUUUUUUUAAAUUAGAAAAAUCUUGUUUUACUUGUAUCCAAAUUUUAAAAAGAUUUCAGAGCAGUAGCCAAUUGUGACAGGAGGAGCCACUCUCAGCACCUCCCUGGUCCAGAGGUAGCCAUUCAUGACAACCAGCAAUUCAGGCACCAGUGUUAAAAAUAGUAAAUGACAGUCACAAUAAAAACAGGAAAAGUUACAAGAGUAAGAUAACUCAGGUUUUUUUGAAAAGUAAAGAAUGAAAAGGUGUGAAACUACAUUACAGGAGAUUACAGGAAAGGGUAGCCAAUUCAGGCAAUCAGAACAGCAGAGAAGACCAAUUUGUGACCAUCCCUAUGGUGAUAUGUCAUUUGUAUGUAAACACCUCCUGAAUAAAGACAGUGUUUAAGGAUGGGAGUGUAUGGGGGGGGGGGGGAGGAAGGAAGCUCACAUCAUUUCAGAGAGGGCAGAGCAGCCUUGUCUAGACGUUUUGCCCCCCACCGCCUCGCCUGCCUUCUGCCCUUUUUACUGCACAUGUUCAGCUCACUCCUUGCACUUCUCUGGAAAUUGCCAGACAAUGAACAGGCCAGGGAGGGGGAAAAUUCCUGCUCCAAUCCAAAAUUGCUGGGUACCCCAGCCUGGCUGGAGUUGGUGUGAUAUCCUAGCAGAGUCAGUUUUUCUCCCUGAUGGAUUAUGAUUUUCUCCAUUGCAGUUAGUUGCACUUUAUCUGCUUCCCAACAGCCGCUCAGCAGGUUCUCUAGGCGACAUCUCAUUGCUUCACAUAAAACUUGCUUCCCUUUGGGUCUGUAUGUUCUGGAGUAUUUGGUAUCAAAUACUGUGCCGACUUGGGCCGGUGCUGGGCAAGCUGACGGUUGUAAAUUUUGGAUGAAGAACGCUCUAUGUUAAAUAAAAUUACCCUGUGACGAA